UUUUAAGUAAAGGACUUUUAAAGAUACCUUAAAGGCAAUAAAUCGAUACGAAAUUCAACGAUUACCAUAAUUCAGAUCGAAAGUUGUUGGAAACAGACCGAUUAUAACUAAAAAAAGUUACAAUGUAGACAUCCUUGACAGUAUGGCGCAAUUUAAUUUUUUUGAUAAAGCACUUAUUGUGCUCAUUUUGGCAGUCCAUUUGCAGCGCAUUUCUAUUUCGAAUGCCCAAUUUUCAAACGAGAUUUCAACUUCUUCUUUGAAUACACAAGAAGCGAUUUCAGAAAGCACUGAUGGAAGCUCGACAUUUUCAACAACUUUGCCUCCAACUACGACGACAGAAAUAGUUAUCGCAGCUGACAGGUCUAGAUGUCCUGUCGUUAGUUUUACACCAACAUCCAUAACAACACCUAUUGAAACAUCUGCGACAUUUAAAGCUGUUGUAGCAUCUUACUUUGAUGAGGCGUUGGAAUCUAGAUGGUCAAGCGCAACAGGAAUAAUUGAUACCAGCAAUCCGAAAUUUAUUGGUAGCAAAAAUAUUCCGUUUCCAGAGUUGAUGAUAAAUAAUGUCACCUUUGAAGAUGAUGGUCUUUAUGAGCUACAGGUUCGCAUAGAUGACGGAUGGUGCAUAGGGAAUACCGUUACUUUGGACAUAAUUGGAGUUUUGGAGUUUGGCAAUGCAUGCAACAACUCUAAAGAAUGUGACCCAGUUAAGAGCUUGGUUUGUUCAUCGGUAUCUCAGAGUUGUGUCUGCAACGAUGAUCAUUACAACAGAAAUGGGACAUGUUAUUUAAAAGCCCACAUAGGAGCCGUCUUCACUUCGUCAAAGACAACGACUUCUAAUAUAACAGUGUGGUGGAAUCAUCCUUACCAGAACGCUGACCUUGUUCAGUCAUACAACGUGUCACUCAAAGCAUAUGAUUCUUCAUAUAAUUUCCAAACGUCUGUAGAACUGCAAACGAAUUACACCUUUGAAUCAGCAUUUUUACCAGGCUAUCUUUACUAUUUUGAAAUUACAUCCGUCGUUUAUCUUAGCGAAUCUGCGGAAACGAUAUUUGUGAAAACGGAUGCUAUCAAUUUAGUAGUUGAUCCCCUGCCUCCAGGCCCUGUUGAGACAAAUGCCAGUUUUUUUCACCCACAAAAGCUUUUUCUAAGGUUACCAGAAGACAACUAUAAUGUGGAUUGGUAUGAUAUCACAAUAAACAGAUAUUGGCGGAGAGUGCAUUCGACAGAAUAUUAUUGGCCGAAACAUCUAGAUCCAGGCACAAAUUACACCAUACGAAUAGUGGUGUAUUGUUGGUGGCGUCGUAGCUAUACAAAAAGUUCUACAUAUAAUGGUUACAUACAGACACAACGAGUCCCGAAGGUCACUUUCCCUAAUUCGGAAUUCAGCGUUCCAUUAUUUUCCAACUUGGAAAUAAAUGCAACCGUUCACAACAUCUCCAAUAUCCCACUUACGACCGCCAUAAAGUGGAAGAAAAACGAUGAAGAUAUCAAUAUCACGGACACCAGAUACAUUGGAAGUACCGAGGAUUUAGUUGCCCCAAAACUGGUCAUCAAUGAAGUGGAUUUCAGCAAAGAUCAUGGUCAAUAUUAUCGUUGUGUAGCAACCAACUCUGAAGGAUCGUGGACUGCUAGUGCAAUAAUAAAUGUACAUGAUAGCUUUGAAUUUUUGGAGUCUUGUAAUCGGAGUGAGCAAUGCAGUCCAGGGAAACAUUUGACCUGUCGGCAGAGACAAUGUCUCUGUGAUGGCAGCCAUUACCACUAUAACUAUACAUGUUACUACAGAUAUUAUUUGCGAGAAAAUCUUAAUAUCGACACCGAUAUAUGUAAAGGAACUCUAAGAUGGAGUCAUAGUUCAAACGGCCAUGGUCUAAGGAUAGAAUACAUUAUCUUUAGACAAUCACUGCAUAAAAACGUUUGGGUGUACGAAGACACGACGUCAGUUGGAAUAGUCUCUCAGUAUACAUUCAGUCAAUGCAUUUUGCAACCAGGACGUUAUUAUGAGUUUUAUAUUCGAUCUAAUGUUUUACUGACAAAUCCCAAUGAAACAUUUUAUAUAGAUUCCUAUGCAAGAUAUGUUGUAAUGGAACCUCUACCACCAGGAAAAAUUAAUCGGAAGAGAAGCACUUUCUCUCCAAAUCAAUUAAUGUUAAGAUGGGAACGAUCUGGUCACGAUACCUUUCUGAAUUACUAUAGAGUAGAGAUUGAUGGUCAUCAGCAGCACACCUUCGGUAGUAUCCCAAAGAUUUACUGGACAAGACAACUAACCCCUGGAACGAGAUAUAAUGUUACUAUAACUGCGGUGAGUCAUGGUGAUAUAUAUAUCGGGCCGUGGUCAGGAACUAAAGAAAGUGAGCCAUUUGAGGAUUGGAUAGAAACAGAUACAGGUGAUAGAGAGGGUUAUUCGUAUUUGCCUUUUGGACAAAAAGACGAACUGCUGAGAGGAGAUGACAAAACAAGUGCAACUCUUAAAUCUCCGAUAACGAUCUAUGCUGGAGAUGGCUUAGAAGGGGGAUUCACCUUUGUUCGAAUUGGAUCUAAUGGCGUCAUUGGACUGGGAGAAGAGUUCAACAGCAUUUCAAUACAUGAUAUUGAUGCUACGAAACUUAAAAAUAAACGCAUUGUAUGUCCAUUUUGGUCAGAUUUAAAGGAUGACAAAGGUUAUAUUUACUACCAGACAUAUCAAAGAGGAGUUGACGCGGAGAACGAUUUAUUUCUGGAUAAAGCAAGCAAGAUAGUAAGCAUUCAGUUCGCUGAUUUUCCCGAUUUCAAGUCUACGUGGCUUGUCAAGGCUACAUGGGUUAACGUGACUCUCCAUGGUGCAACAGGGAAGAUUGUAACAUUUCAGUGGCUUUUGAUCACGGAUGGGCAAAGUACUUUCACUGUCUUUAAUUAUAUCGAUGUUAAUCUAGAAUCGAUUGGAAACAAGAAAAUAACUAUUGGCUAUCAAUAUAAAGGGACUUCUGUGAAAAACCAAUAUUCGAACACAAAAAGGGCCUUCAAAAUGAGUGAAAAUCCCGGCAACAGAGGAGGUAAUGGGUUCUGGAUAUAUAAAAUGACGACUGGUGUUACACUAAACAAAGAUGAAAAGGAAUGUUUCGAUUGGUACACCAGAAAUAAAGAGGAAAAUAUACACAGCCAAUUAAAGUCCGUUCAAAAUCCUAUUCCAUGUCCAUGUAAUAGCAUCUUGCUAAGAUUUGACCCCCGUUAUGCCGUAAGCAGAUUUGACAGGAUCAAUCAAGUACUUUGCUAUGCUACAAUGAUUGUUGGAAGAAAUACGGAAUGCUGUUAUCGGUUGCGUGGGUCUAUUAAUAACCUGGGUGCUUUAGAGCGUUCCCUGCCAUCCGCCGGAACUCUUUUGCAAUAUAAUCCGUUUUUUGAGCCACGUCUGUAUACCAUAGAAGACUUAAAGGCACGAGAGGCAUGCUGCAUCAAGACAAAACAAUGCAAUUUGUUUUAUGAGGUCCGCCCUAUUCCCUUUUGUUACCUACGAUCUCCAUUUAAUCCUGCACUGAAUUUCGGUGAUCCACAUAUUGUGACACUGGAUGGCAAAAACUACACGUUCAAUGGGUACGGAGAGUACACAAUGUUAAAGAUAUCUAAAGACUCAGUACAAUUUGACCUCCAGGCAAGAACAGACCUAGCAACGACAGCAAACGGGACCAGUAUCAAUGCUACCAUAUUCAGUGCGUUUGUGGCACAAGACCAGACGGGGUCUAAAUUACAGAUAGAAAUGUCUCGGGACAAGACAAAAAUGCUGAUAAGAGUCAAUGAUAGGGAUAUGACAAGAGAAUUCGGGAAUGCGUCUUAUGUUUUAUUGAACAAAAACUUGUCAGUCCGAUGGGAAAACAGAACAUUAGCAGCAUCGUUCCUGAAAAUAUCUGUAAUUCUUAGAGUUAAUAUUGGCGUGCGCUUUUUGGUAUCAGAGGUAGUUGUUGAUAGCACAUACAGUGGUUUUGCAAAAGGAUUGAUGGGAAAUUUCGAUGGAAAUGCAACUAACGAAUUCAUACUUCCCAAUGGAACUUUGUUGGAUGAAAAUGCAACUAAGACAGAGAGAGAUAUUUACUUCAAUUUUGGUCAAAAAUGGCUUGUGAAUGAAGAUUCAUUGUUUUACUACGAGAAAGGAUUAUCAUACCAAAACUUUUCGCACCCUGAGUUUCAGCCCAUUUUCCUGGACGAAGUAGAUACAGAUAAAUUAGACAUUGCUAAAGAACAGUGUGGUUCAAAUCCAUCGCAGGCCUGCAUUUUCGAUUACCUAGCAACGGGAGAUAUUGCUCUUGCACAAUCAUCUGGAAAAGAGGAGGCAUCAGCACAACUUGAUAUGAAAAUCAUCGAAAAUGAAUCACCCAGAAUCACAGGCAAUGAUUCCAUCAAUGUUGAAGUUGGUAAGACUGUGUAUAUGCAAUACAAUGCCUCUGAUGACAGCAAUAAACUUCCUAAAUAUAACCUAUUGAAGCAGCCUGAAAGUUUCACUCUAAACAACACAACAGGAAUGGCCUCUUGGACACCAACUGAUAUCAAUGUAACAGAAUUAAGCAUAAGCGUUAUAGAUGACGUUGGAGCUGAAUCGCCGUCCAUUGACGUCACAAUAAGACUUUGUAAGGGUUGUGGAAGCAAUGGUAGAUGCAGUUACGACAAUAUCAUACCUUCCGAAAAUGACCGUUUCAGUUUGGCAGUUUGUGAGUGCGACAUCGGAUAUUCCGGCGAAAAAUGUGAAAUUGAUACUAACGCCUGCCUCAGUGAACCAUGUCCUCUACAACGAAAUUGUACUGACCUACCACCAGAACAGGAAAUUAAAUUCGGUCGGGGUUAUAAUUGUACUGAUUGUCCCAAGGGAUAUAACGAUGUAAAUCAAAAAUGUGAAGAUAUAAACGAAUGUGAAGGAAACAACACAAAUGUCUGCAAUACUCGGACAGAACUUUGUGAAAAUACUGAGGGAAGUUACCUGUGUAUCUGUUUACCAGGCUUCAGAAAAGACAAUAGCAUUUGUAAAGACGUUGACGAAUGUUCAGAGAAGACAUCUGGAUGUGAGCAAAUUUGUAACAACACAUUUGGAUCAUUUGAGUGCCUGUGUUUUCCGGGAUUUUCUCUGAAUAUCAAUAACGCUACUUGCUCUAGAACUGACGAAAAUUCAUGCCACAGCAUUCAAAGAUCUUGUCAGUACACUUGUGAUCCAGUCGAGAAUAAAUGUCUGUGUCCGAUUGGUUUUGAACUCGCUGAAGAUGAACAAAGUUGCAUAGAUGUGAAUGAAUGUGAUUUACAACCCUCGAAGUGUUUACAAGGAUGUUACAACACCAAUGGUUCAUUCCAAUGUUAUUGUCGACCUGGAUUCAAACUAAAUGACGAUAAAAUUUCAUGUUCAGAAUGUGAAGAACCAUAUUUCGGGGAGGAUUGCAGUCAAAUAUGCAGCUGUGGACAAGGCAUGGAUCGAUGUGACCCAGUAACUGGGUGUGUCUGUAAACCUGGCUGGACUGGAGAGAACUGUACAGUCGAUAUAAAUGAGUGUGAAAAUAAUCAGGACAUAUGUGGAAAUGAAAAGGUGUGCCAAAACCUGGAAGGGUCUUACAUCUGCAAUUGUAAAGAAGGUUUUCAAAAAAAUGGGGAUAGUUGUGAAGAUAUUGAUGAAUGUUCAGACAUAAUUUUGAAUACAUGCCCAGAGGAUACCAAUUGUCAGAACCUUUAUGGAAAUUAUACUUGCAAUUGCAAGCCAGGAUUCCAGAAAAAUGAUUCUGAUUGCCAAGAUGUUGAUGAGUGUGAAAAAGGCAUUGCUGAUUGUCAACAAAAUUGCAUCAAUGCUAUUGGUGGUUUUAAUUGUGAAUGUGAACUUGGAUAUAAUUUGGAUGACGUUGACAGAAAGACAUGUGUAAAAGUGCUCGAUAUAUGUGCACUUUUCCCCGCACUGAACUGCAGCUAUGGAUGUCGGUUUGGGGAGACAAAUCCACACAGAGGAUAUUGUUUCUGUAAAUCGGGAUUUGAACUUGAUUUUGACAAUAGCACUUGUAAAGAUAUUGAUGAAUGCAAAGAAUCUAGCACCUGUCAACAUAAUUGUACAAACCUUCAAGGCUCGUUUGAGUGUGCAUGUGCCACUGGAUACACGUUGGAAAAUGAUGGAAUAUCAUGCAAAGAUAUAGAUGAAUGUCUUCAAGAUUCCUAUUGUGAACAUUACUGUAAUAAUACUGACGGUAGUUAUUUAUGUGGUUGUCGGGACGGUUACAAUUUGGUUGACUUUAGUAAAUGUGAAGACAUUGAUGAAUGCAGUACUAUAGAUACCGGGUGUCAGAACUGUACAAAUACCCCUGGAAGCUUCCGUUGUUCGUGCUUUACAGGAUAUGUUUUAAACAACAAUACAAUGUCAAACUGCACCAAAUGUCCAGAAGGAUAUUAUGGAGAAAAUUGUCAAGAGCAGUGCAGUUGUGGACAAGGUUCUGAAAGAUGUGACCAUAUAACUGGUUGUUAUUGUAAAUCUGGAUGGACCGGAACACUUUGUGAAACAGACAUCAAUGAAUGUAACAUUUCAGACAAUGCAUGCAAUAGCUACACAGAGGAAUGUAUCAACACCGAUGGCUCUUUUAUAUGUAAAUGCAAAGAUGGAUUUACCAACAGCACAAAUGGCAGCUGCAGUGAUAUAGAUGAAUGUCUUCAAGACUCCCCCUGUGAUCACAUCUGUAAUAACACUGACGGUAGUUAUGUAUGUGGUUGUCGGGACGGUUACAAUUUGGUUAACUUCACUAGAUGUGAAGACAUUGACGAGUGCAGUACUAUAGAUACCGGAACCGACGGGUGUCAGAACUGUACAAAUACCCCUGGAAGCUUUCGUUGUUCGUGCUUCGCCGGAUAUACUUUAAAUACAACAACAUUGGCUAACUGUUACAAUAUUGAUGAAUGCAAGACCCAGACAGCUGAUUGUGCCCUGAAUGCAACUUGUUCUGAUACAGACGGUGGAUAUACGUGUACAUGUAAAUCGGGGUUUGAAGAAAAUGGCAAAAUGUGCACAGUGUGCCCAAAUUUCAAAUACGGGGAUAAUUGUUCCAAUGAUUGUGCAUGCAAAUUCAACAACACCAAAAUAUGUGACCACGUAACAGGAGAAUGUGAAUGCAGUGUAGGGUGGACAGGAGCUGAUUGCUCCGAAGACGUUGAUGAGUGCCAAAGUGGGUCCAUAUCUUGCAAUGAAUCCAUCUUCCAAGUCUGUGUAAACACAGAGGGAUCGGCUCACUGCGAUUGUCGGUAUGGAGGAUCAGAUAUCUCUAACUGUGUCCCUCCUGAACCAUCUGUAUCUAAAACUACGAAGCCACCUGAAAGCACAACUCCUGAGCAACCUGAAAGUACAACCUCUGAGCAAUCUAUAAUCACCACUACGAAGCAACCUGAAAGUACAACUCCAGAGCAACCUGAAAGUACAACUUCUGGGCUUUCGGAAAGUGCAACCUCUGAGCAAUCUAUGAUCACCACUACAAAGCCACCUGGAAGUACAAUUCCAGAGCAACCUGAAAGUACAACUUCUGGGCUUUCGGAAAGUGCAACUACGAAGCCACCUGAAAGUACAACCCCUGAGCAUCCUGAAAGUACAACUUCUGGGCAUUCGGAAAGUGCUAGUACUGAACAAACCCAAAGUACAACUCCUACUCAACCUGAAAAUACACUCUGCCAAAAUUUUAAAUAUGGAAACAAUUGUGCAAACGAUUGCGCAUGCGUACUGAACAACACCAAUUCUUGUCAUAACGUGACUGGAACAUGUGAUUGCAAAGAAGGAUGGACAGGAACGGAUUGCUCUGAAGACAUGGAUGAGUGCAAAAAUGGAUUUAUUUCUUGCAAUGAAUCUAUCCAUCAAGUCUGCGUUAACACCAAGGGAUCGGCUCAAUGCGAAUGUCGUUAUGGAGGAAGUGAUAUCUCCAACUGUGUUGCUCCCAAACCGCCAGGAACUACAGGUAAUGACGAAUAUAAAGUAAAAUUGGAAAUAAGCUUCGAUUUUGCCUACACAAGAGAAAACAUUCUAAAAAAUACUGACAAGUGGAUAGUGGAAAUCACAUCACAGCUGGAGACAUUUUACAGGAAACGUGUUCAAGAUUUCGCAAGAGUAGUGUUUAUAUCUAUGCGAUUUGGAAGCGUGAUUGUUGAUCAUGAGAUCUACUCGAGUGGCACAGAGGAAUCCCUUAAAGUUGACACUGCAAACAGCAUGGUCAAAUUGCUGCGACAAGAUGAAAAAAUCGUUUUGUUUAACCAAAGUACAGAGGUCAAAAACAUAGUUUUAUUCAACGAUAAGGGCACAAUAGAUAUCAACUCUACAAUCAACCCAUGUCAUAUUUACACUGACGUGUGUUCGAGUGGAAAAACGUGUGUCGAUUCAUCGGGAGUAGCUUCAUGUGUAAACCCAGAUACAAAAGGUUGGACACUUUUUAUCAUUAUUGGAAUCGCUGUUCCACUGUCAAUGGCAACAAUUGGUCUUGUAGUGGUGUACGUUUGUCGUAAAGGAAAAUCCAAGCAUAACAGUAAAAGUGUCAUUGAAUCGGAUAAUCACGAGAUUAAGUUCAAUAAAGAGAAUACAUCCAGAGGUUACAACAAUCUUGGUCACUGGAACUCAAUCGACGAUCUUUUGAAUCAACAAAAACAAUUUCGGAUAAAACGACCAGCUACAUUGUACUAGAAGAAAUCGGUAUAGGAGAUUUCGGAAACGUUGUGCUUAUUUUCUCAAAAACCUUUCAUUUAAGGCGGCUUUGCGGUCAACAAUUUAACCAUCAGAUUAAAAUACGACUUUUUUUAUCUCCAAAUUAUUACUUAGUAAAGGAAAAAACAUGUUUUUACCUUUUGAAUUUGGGUAUUUUACUAAAAUUUUAUAUAGAACUAUUCUUCCAAAGGUGACAAAUACAGUCUAAAAAUAGCCACGACCAUUAAUCUCAACAUUUUUAUACUGAUUUUAUAUACAUGAUUAUCCAUGUAGAGAGAAGGAAGACUCAAGUAGUUUUAUCAGAUAAAGAGUGAGUUGAUUGGUAGUACGAUUUAAUAUUUCUCAUAAAGUUGGUUUUUUUUGUAUAUAAAAAGACGUGUUGAAGUGAUUUUGAUAUGUAGUUACUGAAUUUUUACUAUUAUGUGCUCAAUUAAACGAUAUAAACAAUUCAAAGCUGUAUACUUUUUCUCACUUUGCAAUGAAUAACAUUCCUGUACAUGUUAUAUUCAUUUGUGUGUUGGUGUGUAAAUAAUGAAUAAAGAAAUAUCUUUUUAAAAAAUCUUGAUUUAAUUAAAUUACUAAGUGCCCCACAAUAAGUAAUGAAAAUGUAUUGUAGCGAUAUCCGAGAAAAGAACAGGAACCGUAUAAAGAAAACCCGAUUUUUAUGGCCUUUACGGUCACCUGAAAACCAAAUAGCUCUUAAAUUGACCUGUUAGAGAUUUUUUAAAAUUAUUUUUAAGCUUCAUUUCAGAGUUUAAAACCUGAUUGGAAUUUAGUUUUGAAAAACAUUUAGUCAAAAAUAGGGGAGGGGUAGUGAAAAGAAAAAGGAUCUCGAUUCAUUAUUUUAUAUACUUCAACAGGGGAUGAAAAUUGUACACAUUUGGUUUAAAAAGGAGGAACAGGAUGCUGCAGUGUAAAAUCACUUGUAAGGGAGAUAUUUUGAUAGAAAUUGACCUCCUACAGACCUUUUUUCAGGCAUUAUGAUUUUAAUCAAAAUUAAUGAAAUUUAUUUGAAUAUUAUUUUCAUUACUAUUAAAAAGAGAAAUGAAAUUGGAAAAAAUUAUUUACAACAUUUGGCAUUUUAACAUACCAAUAUAACAAUUUUACGAAAAUAUUGAUAAAAUCAACAAUUUAAAUUUUAGAGAUUUUUAAUCUUAAUGUUCACAGAAUGUGUUGGCAUAUAAUAAUACUCGACGAAAUUUUCUUAAAAACUUACAUCAACCUUAGCAUGUGCUCCAUUACAUAUAGAUAUAACAUACUAGUAUAAAUUUUAAUUGUAACUUUCUUGACAUUCUGCAAUAUGAACCAUCCCUACCCCCUUUUUAUGGAAACAUCAAUUUGAAAAAAGUAAUUCAUUCUUUGGAUUUAUUUAUCAUUAACAUUAUCAAAAAAAUCAGAAUACAUGUAUAUCUU